AUGGCCGAGGCUACUGCAAAACCCGAAUUGAAGACAGAUCCCAAAUACGACGAUUAUGACUUCCCCUACAUCGCUCCAGAGCCCCAGCCAGGCCAUCCUGGCUACACCACUCCAGCGCAAGAUGCACAGGUCUUCCAACUUCGAUCCAUGCUCGAGGCUGCUGGAGUUACCGAGCGACUAGAUACUCUGACUCUGCUUAGGUUCCUGCGAGCAAGAAAAUUCAACGUCGAGCUCUCGAAGCAGAUGUUCCUCGACUGCGAGAAAUGGCGGAAGGAGUUCGGUGGCGGUGUAGAUCAGCUCCUGCAAACCUUCGACUACAAGGAGAAGCCCCAGGUCUUCGAAUACUACCCUCAAUACUACCACAAGACGGACAAGGACGGCCGGCCGGUGUACAUUGAGCAGUUGGGAAAGGUCGACAUCGCCGCCAUGGACAAGAUAACCAGCCAGGAGCGCAUGUUACAGAACCUGGUCUGCGAAUAUGAGAAGGUCGCCGAUCCUCGCCUCCCUGCCUGCUCUCGGAAAGCUGGCCACCUCCUCGAAACCUGCUGCACCAUUAUGGACUUGAAGGGUGUUGGAAUUUCCAAGGCGUCCUCCGUGUACGGAUAUAUCCAAGCAGCCUCUGGCGUCUCCCAAAACUACUACCCCGAACGGCUCGGAAAGCUGUAUGUCAUCAACGCACCGUGGGGCUUUUCUGGCGUCUUCAGCUUCGUCAAGCGCUUUUUGGAUCCCGUCACGGUGAACAAAAUACACAUUUUGGGUAGUGGCUAUGAAAAGGAGCUACUCGCUCAGGUUCCUGCAGAGAAUUUGCCAAAGGCAUUUGGCGGCACCUGUGACUGCCCGGGUGGUUGCAUGCUGAGCGACGCUGGCCCAUGGCAAGAUCCUCAGUGGGUGAGGCCAGCCAAAUGGGAGAAGAAGCAGGGCGCCACGGAUGGUGCAUCCGAUGCUAUCGAUACCUCUGCCCUGGGUGGGGCUCCAGUAAAGACAGAAGAACAGGCUCCGCUCAACGGCAAGGCACCUGAGACUGGUGAGGAGGUUACUACUGGUGCCCCUGCGACAGCAUAG